AUUUCUUUCUCCUCCCCCUCCCCUUCUCUAAUCACCGCAGGCAGCGAAGGGAUGCCGCUGUCCCCUCCUGCGGGCGGCCUAGUGACGAGCCUGCACUGUGUGUCCGCUAUCUCUGGGCUCGGGGAGCACCUGGGGAGCCGGAGUCUGCUAUUGCACAAUGGAACUGCAAUCAAUUUACUGUCUUUAUUGGUCGAGUGCCAGAAAAAUAGUAUAAUAUUAUACAAGAUUGAAGUAUUUGGAAGUGAUCCUCAAGAUACCAGCUCAAAUCCCAAAUAUUUCUGAAAAUCUUUGAGGAUUUUUCUACAGUAUUGUCCUUGUAAAGACAUGUAUUAGGAGCGUCUGUUUCAUGCCAGCUAAAACCCUCCUCACAUCCAGGUGUCUCUAGAUUAUUGCUGGUAUGGCUCUUCCACCUCCAGACCCACAGUUUGUUCUACGGGGUACUAGUGCUGAAGUCCAUACUCUACAUUUUUAUUGUAGAGGCCAGGAACCUGAUUACCCCAUUCUCUUCUCUGGGUCUUCCAAUGGGCUGAUCCAUGUCUGGAACCUGAAGACACGCAGAGUGGAUACAAUUCUAGAUGGCCAUGGAGGAAAAUCUGUGUACUGGGUGGAAGCAAUCAAUGGCAGAGACAGGCUCCUCAGCCAGGGCCGUAACCAACAGAUCUGCCUCUGGGAUUUGGCAGAAGGAAGGAACACAGUGACAGAUUCUGUUUUCACCGAAAACGUGGGAUUCUGCAAAAGUUCACUGCUGAAGGUGGCACAGGGACAUUGGCUAAUGGCCAUGCCAGGAAAAGACCUAGAUGAGGUUCAGGUUUUGGAGCUGCCAUCCAAGACGUCAGUCUGUACCUUGAAGCCAGAGGCGGAUGCCAAACCGGGCAUGCCCAUGUGUCUGAAGCUAUGGCAGCCUGACUUUGGUUCAUGUCCUUUUCUUCUGGCUGGCUACGAGGAUGGAUCAGUGAUUCUGUGGAAUUUAUCAGGGGGAAAAAUAUUAAGCCGACUUGCUUGCCACCAGGAGCCAGUGAUGAGCCUUGACUUUGACUCUGAAAAGACGAAGGGGGUCUCGGGCUCAUCUGAGGAGGUGCUUACCGUCUGGAGCCUCGAUGAGCAGCAGAAUUUAAAGGUUCAGAAAACACACAAACUCGUCAAUGCUGGGAUUGCUGAUGUCGCCAUCCGCCAGGACAAGAAGAUCCUGGCAACAGCAGGGUGGGAUCAUCGUAUCAGGAUCUUUGGCUGGAAGAAACUGAAGCCCUUGGCAAUACUGGACUACCACACAGCAACUGUCCACUGUGUAUCCUUCUCAGAUCACAGUAGGCCAAGUGAAAGACUGCUGGCAGCUGGCUCCAAAGACCACCGCAUUAGUAUCUGGUCAAUCUAUAAUCAAGCCUCAGGUGCUUUGCACUGUCCUUUGGAAACUAGAAAGCCGGACUGAUAAACCAGAUAUUGUGUGAUUAAAAUCUGGGGAUGGGGAAGUAUUAAACCAUCUUCAGUUUGAGUGCAAGUCCCCAGAAAGACCUAUUCCCUAUAGAAAAUGUGUUGUUGUCGAAGGGAAAACCAGUGCUAGGAAGGGAAGAAUGGAUGAUCAUGCAGUUAAGGCAAAGGCCUAGCAGAGAUGGAUUCUGUUGCAUCCUCUGCCACAUGCUUCUUUUGGCAAAUUGUUUUGAUUCUUUGUGCCAGUUUCCUCAUCUGUAAAAUGGAGAUAGGUGCUGUCACUCAGGCAUGGGGUGGUCUAGAGUACGCUGGGUUCCAAAUCAUGUAGAGAUCCUUCAUGGACGUAAGUGCAAAGAAUUGGUUUUAUGUGAACUUGAACCCAUUAAAGCAUCCAUAGCAGUUUCUCAUGUCAGUUCCUUUUUCUUCCCCAUAACUGAAAAGCUAUCAAACCAACCUUGAUUUGUUCACACUUCUGUCAGUUUCUAGCUUAAGCCAACAGCCAAGAAUGUGACUAGGGAUGGCUUUUGGCAUUUAUGAAUUUCAUUAUGUCCCCUGUCACCUCGAGUCUCGCAAUUAAUCAUAGAAAGAAAAAGGAAUCUUUCCAUGCCUUUUUCAGAGCCAGUGCUAAAGCCUUUCCAUAGACUGACUAGCAGAAGGAUUUAAACUGAGCAAUCCAAUUAGCGCCCUUCUCCUUGGAGAUUUGGGGUAAAUUUUCAGUAUGGUGAGCCAGGGAUUUGGCUACACAUCUCCCAUUAACAUCAGUGGGAAUAGCAUGGAUAAAUCCUUCUGCACUACCCUGAAAAUUUACCCUUUAGUUUGUCAUCUCCAUGGUCGUGGAAGCUGAAAUCCAUUCCAAAAGUUGAUUGUUUUUGCUUGAGUCAAGGCACAGUACUAGCAUUCUCCUUUUCAAAUAUAUUUGACCAGUAACAGUCUGUUCGCAGGCCAGGAAACCUCACCACUGAAUUAAGGUUUGCCAAUAAGAUGCACUUAUAUGUACACCAUAAAAGCAAUUAAUAGUAUGACUUUAAAUACAGAGUAAUUUCGAAAUGCUAGGUGGUUCUUGGCAUCAGAAAUAUUUAGCAUCAGGAUUUUGGGGAUACCAGUGCUGUUCUGUUGAUGUUUUAUUGAAAAUGCUUGUUCCUACCCAUUUAUGGGGCUGGACAUCAAAGGAGAACUGGUCAGAAAUGAAUUGGACAGCAGCAUCGAAAGACUUCAGAACUACAGUUCAAAAUCCAAACUUGUGUAAUGCUGAUGCAAAAGCUAAAUAUAAAACCUGGGCCUGCUGUGCGCCUGUACCGUACAUGCAGGGAUGAUCUUGUUGAACAAGUGCUUUCUAACUCUGUACAAGAAAUUUUCCUUAAGUGCCAAGCCCCAGUGUUCUUCCAAUUACAGAACAUAAAAUAUACUGCAACAAGGCUUUUACUAAUAAAACUCUGCACUUCCCGUUUAAAGUGGUGUCACACACUGAAAUGUGUUCUUGCAUUUCUUUGGUUAUUUUUCUCUCUAUAGUCAGCUCUGUGGAGGUUUAUUCUGCACAUGUGAGUCAGAUGAGGCCUGAUUCUGAGCAUCUUUGAGCCAGUCAUUGGGAGUUGCAGACGCUCAUUACAUCUAGACGGUAUAUGUGUAUGUGAAACGAUCAUGCCAGGAUCUCUACAUAUUUUCCACUUCCCAGGCAGAAGAGAGGGGUCUGUGCUCAGCAAUCUCCAUAGCACCAUCUUCCUGAGAUACACAAGGAGCCUGACUGAAUGAUACAAGUUUCAGAGGGAUCGCCAUGUUAGUCUGUAUCUGUAAAAACAACAAGGAGUCCUCUUUGAAUGAUACAAGGAACCUCACAGUUUUCCUCCCCACAAAGCAGAUG